GAAUGAAUGAGUGAAUGAAUCAACGAAGGAGUGAGUCAGGGCCCGGGAACCACAGACUCCAAGCCUACGUAGAGGCGAGGAAGGGGGAUUCCGGAGGGGCGGGGUCUCCUUCCGGAAGCGCCAGCUGGGGGCGGGGCGGGGCGGGGCCAUCUGAGACCUCUUUGGUCCCGAGGGGCGGGGCGAGGAGGAGAACCUGCUUGGGCGGCCCGCCUGCCCAGAGUAACCGUUGGGUGGACCCGGCCAGCGCUCCAAACCUUGUCCUCGCUGCGCGCCGGCCCCUCGGAGCCCCACAGCCCGGGAAGGAGGCCGCCGCGGGCCGGGCGCCCGCUCUGCUAAGCCGACCCGCAACCCGGAAAGGCGGCGCGGCGGAGCCCGGAGCCGGAUCCUGCUCGGACUGGGCCCCUGCGGGCAGGCGCCGCGGGCAUGUCGGAGGCUCGGAAGGAGCCGGACGAGGCGGACGAGGGCCAGUACGACUCUGGCAUUGAGUCUCUGCGCUCUCUGCGCUCCCUACCCGAGCCCACCUCGGCUCCAGCCUCCGGGCCCUCGGACGGCGGCCCUCAGCCCUGCACUCAUCCUCCAGGGCCCGCCAAGGAACCUCAGGAGAAGGAAGACGCGGAUGGGGAGCGGGCUGACUCCACCUAUGGCUCCUCCUCGCUCACCGAGACCCUGUCCUUGCUGGGGGACCCCGAGGCUGAGGACCCGGCCCCACGCUCGCCACUCCCCCACGCGGGGGCGCUGAGCCCGCAGCAGCUGGAAGCGCUCACUUACAUCUCCGAGGACGGAGACACGCUGGUCCACCUGGCAGUGAUUCACGAGGCCCCAGCGGUGCUGCUCUGUUGCCUGGCUUUGCUGCCCCAGGAGGUCCUGGACAUUCAAAACAACCUUUACCAGACAGCACUCCAUCUGGCUGUACAUCUGGACCAACCGGGUGCAGUUCGGGCACUGGUGCUGAAGGGGGCCAGCCGGGCACUACAGGACCGGCAUGGUGACACAGCCCUGCAUGUGGCCUGCCAGCGCCAGCACCUGGCCUGUGCCCGCUGCCUGCUGGAGGGGCGGCCAGAGCCAGGCAGAGGACCAUCUCACUCUCUGGACCUCCAGCUGCAAAACUGGCAAGGUCUGGCUUGUCUCCACAUCGCCACCCUGCAGAAGAACCAACCACUCAUGGAACUGCUGCUUCAAAAUGGAGCUGACAUUGAUGUGCAGGAGGGCACCAGUGGGAAGACAGCGCUGCACCUGGCUGUGGAAACCCAAGAGCGGGGCCUGGUACAGUUCCUGCUCCAGGCUGGUGCCCAGGUAGAUGCCCGCAUGCUGAAUGGGUGCACACCCCUGCACCUGGCAGCUGGGCGGGGCCUCAUGGGCAUCUCAUCCACUCUGUGCAAGGCGGGUGCUGACUCCCUGCUGCGGAACGUGGAGGAUGAGACACCCCAGGACCUGACCGAGGAAUCCCUUGUCCUUUUGCCUUUUGAUGACCUGAAGAUCUCAGGGAAACUGCUGCUAUGUACCGACUGAAGCCAGGCAGGGUCUGGGAUCCUCGGGGCUCAACCUCUUUCUAUCUGGAAGCUGGAGUCAUCACUGCUGCAGUUUGGGCCCAGGCUGUGUGCUCUUCUGGUGCCCUAGGGACUGCUAUGGCCAGAGCCUGGGGCCAGCCAACAGAGUCCUGAGCUGAGAAGGAGGGACUGCAAGUGAGAGAGAGCCAGUCUGGAAGGAGGAGCUCUCCAGAUGGACAGGGAUUCUUGGAAGACCCCCAAAGCCCCAGGUAUCCUGGGUGAAGCCUGUUUGCCUCUCUUGAAAAUGGCAGGUGCUCUUGUUUCUACCCAUGUUGGGUCAGCCUGAAACUGUCAAUCAGUAGGAAACAUGAUGGACACUCCUGAGUGAGAAGAGACGGAAAUAGGAACAAGCUGAACUCUGAGAGGGGUCCUAUCUUACUGCUGUUGAGGACCCUGAAACACUUGUUUAAAGACUUCACAGAGAAGGCUCUGAACUGAGCGACUGGGGAAGGGCAGUUUCAGUAACAUGACACUAAAAUGGCAGAGACGUUAAAAAAGUUUUUCCCUUCUAGAGCUGUUUUGUGCGCAUGCAUGUCUGUGUGCAUUGGGGCUUUUUAGACAGGCCUGCCCUAUGACUUUGUGGUGGAGGCAGAGAGAAUGAAAUUGUCCCCUGAGCACGGUAGGGCCUUGCUGGGUGGGGUCAGAGGCCAGUAGUCCCCAGGCCUUUCUCUGUGUCCAGCAUAGACCCUUGUCCUUGCUGUGGAAAUGAUAAGGGAUGAAGGGAGAGGACGAAGAAUGGGAAGACACAGGCCCUGGAACCCUCCCCACUGCCCUGGGCACUGCCAUCUGGAGGAGCCUGGGGACGAGGGUAGCCCAGGGUGGCUGGGCACAAGGGAGCUGUGACUUCACAUUUUUCCUCCCAUUCCUCGCCUUCCAGGGCCCAGUUAGGUUGGUCCUAUGCUGGCAUGAAGAGUGUGGGGAAUAAACCAGCACAGUCACUGGCCACUUGGAGCUUCUCAGCCAGCGAGAGAGACAGCUGUUAAAAGUGUAAACAUCCAAAUAAAGAUGUCCUU